CAAAAGCAAAGGCAGCAGCAACAACAACAACACAAGAACCUACUACCACCACAACACAAAAGCCUACUACCACCACAACACAAGAGCCUACUACUACCACAACACAAGAGCCUACUACUACCACAACACAAGAUCCUACAACAACUACAAAUACAACUACCACUGCAAUUGCAACGACAACGACAACUGUUGCAGCAUCCACUACAUCAGCAGUAGCAUCUAUUACAUCAUCAUCAUCCUCUGCUUCUUCAUCCAGCAGCAAUGCCUCUAUUUCCUCUUCGAGUGUAGCUCAUACAUCCAUGCCAUCUUCUUCGUCUUCAUCAAUUACAAGCAGUUUGUCUUCAACUGCAUCUUCAUCUAGCAUUGCACCUAGUGCUUCCGUUUCCAGUAGUGCUGACACAGCCAACAAUUCCUCCAGUGAUAAAACUGGUCUUAUUGCAGGCAUUGUCGUUGCUAUUGUUGCCCUUAUGUUUAUCGGUGCUUUUGCCUUGAUGCUCAUUCGUCGCAAGCAACGUAGAGCAAGAAGAGCUAAUCGCCCUGCACGUACUAUGGAUGAAUUAUGGGUGCCUAGUGCUGAAUAUGAAGGCUAUCAACCAAAUUCUGCACGUGAUACAGACGAGGGCGCUCAUGAAACUUGGGAACCACAUCCAUCGGAGCAAGGAUUUCAAGUCGGGACCAUUGAACAACAGCCUUACACGGACUACAACCAUGUGGCAUCUCCUGCAAUGGCCUAUAUGCCUGGCACUCAGCAACCAGAACACAAUGCUGCUGGACAGUAUUAUCCUGGUUCGCCUCUUCAAGGCUACCAGAAUGCUGCUCCUUAUUCUCCUCAGCUUCAGCAACAAGAUAAGCUGUACUACGAACCUGCACAACAAGAUGUCUAUCCUGAUCAAAAUUUCCAACAAUACCAACAACCUGUCAUUGCUGAACAACAACCAGGACUGUACCACGAGCAACAGGCAAUGUAUCACGAUUCUAACCAACAACAGCCUAUGUACCACGAUCCUAACCAACCUUAUCCUCAGCAACAGGAUCAACAGAUGAUGUAUGCUCAAGAGUACUAUCAUAAUGGACAAUUUCCAGAUGCUCAGCCAUUGCCAACGCAACCAUUACCCACCCAACCAUUACCAGCACAACCUCAAUCACCCAUCGUGGAUCAACAGUUCAACCAACAGCAACCCGCGGCUGUAAUGAAUGCGACUCAACCCUCAUUGGCUGGAAAUCAACCAGUACAUGAACCUCCUCAUGAAAAGUAAAAAAAAAAAAAAAAAAAAAAAAAAAA